UCCGUUCUGCGUGAAAGAUGGACUGAACAGAACUCCAUUCAGGGAAGAAGAAGAAGAAGAAGGCGCAGAGCGAGAGAUAUAUAUAGAGAGAGAAACAAAGAAAGAUAGAACGUAGGAGGAGGAUGUAGGCAACGCCAUUCUGAAUCUCAGGAAACAGUCAUAAAGCUCUUGAUUUCAAUUACUUCGGAGAGAUUCUGAAUGAUUUAAACUAGUAAUGGAAGCACAAUACAUAAGGAGGCAUCAUCAACACGACUUGAAGGAGAAUCAGUGUUCUUCUUCCCUCGUCAAACACAUCAACGCUCCCGUCGACAUCGUUUGGUCUUUGGUAAGAAGAUUUGAUCAACCACAGAAAUACAAGCCUUUCAUCAGUAGAUGUAUAGUUCAAGAAGGGGAUCUGAAGAUCGGUAGUCUACGUCAUGUAAACGUGAAAUCGGGUCUUCCAGCAACAACAAGCACAGAGAGGUUAGAACUAUUUGACGAUGAAGAACACAUCUUGGGGGUUAGGAUUAUUGGUGGUGAUCACAGACUGAAGAAUUACUCUUCAAUCCUGACAGUCCAUCCAGAAGAAAUAGAUGGGAAGGCAGGAACAAUGGUGAUUGAAUCAUUCAUUGUGGAUGUUCCAGAUGGAAACACUAAAGAUGAAACAUGUUACUUUGUGAGGGCACUGAUUAACUGCAACCUGAAAUCUUUAUCAGAUGUAUCAGAGAGGAUGGUUAUGGCUGUGAGGGAUCAAGCUGGAGUUGUCAAUGGCAAUUAAAAAGGUUGGUUGGUUGGAUAUGAUUUGUUUGAAGAUCAUUGAUUGUUAUAAAAAAAGUUUUGGUUUUGUGGUCCUCAUGGGUUUGGUUUGUCUUCCUUUCUAUCUUCAUCUUCAUCUUGUUCUUGUUUGUUCCUUCCUACCAGCUGGGAUUCUCAUCCACUUGCUGCUACUAGUGGUUAUGGUUAUGUUCAAGCAAGCAUACAUGUGAAUAUAAGGCUGUUGUAGUUUCAUUUAUGACACUUGUUUUCUAUGUUUGUUUGUUUUAUGUACUACUAUUAUUAUGCUCUA